AUGAAGUACAUUUGUGUUUCAUUCAAAUGUCAUGUAAACUUCCAGUGAUAUUGGAAAUAUUCUUUCAUACAAACAUGGCACUACAUGCAAUCUCCACUUUAAAAAUAUUUGACAUAUUGUGAGGGAGUAUAUACUCAUUAGAUUACGGAGGAAAUCCCGGGAGAAUGUGUAAACAAGAUUUCUAUUUAAAUACUUGUGUUCUUCCCUCCAUUUCCUUCACAAAUCAAAAAAUCUCUUCUACUUCAUCUUCUUCCUCUUCUUUACACGAGUUAGUAGAAGGAAGAAUACAUGUGAGUUAGAAGAGAAAAAAACAGAAGAAAAAAGGAACCCAAAAAAAAAGACAUUGGUCAUGGUGAAAGGACAACAACUAGAAGUGCUAAAAGCACUUGAUGUGGCAAAAACACAAUGGUAUCAUUUCACAGCAAUUAUCAUUGCUGGUAUGGGCUUUUUCACUGAUGCAUACGAUUUGUUUUGCAUCUCCUUAUUGACCAAGCUUCUUGGUCGCAUUUACUACAAUGUUCCUGGAUCGGCUAAGCCAGGGGCAUUACCUAUUAAUGUCGCUGCUGCUGUGAGUGGAGUAGCCCUUUGCGGUACUCUAGCAGGCCAACUCUUCUUCGGUUGGCUCGGAGACAAGAUGGGGAGGAAAAAGGUGUACGGUAUCACCUUGGUUAUGAUGGUUUGCAUGUCCAUCGCCUCUGGUCUUUCCUUCGGAAGCACUGCAAAGAGUGUUAUGACCACCCUUUGCUUUUUCCGUUUCUGGCUUGGAUUUGGUGUUGGAGGAGAUUACCCUCUAUCUGCCACCAUUAUGUCUGAGUAUGCAAACAAGAAGACUCGUGGAAGCUUCAUCGCCGCUGUCUUUGCUAUGCAAGGCAUGGGUAUCUUGGCUGGUGGGGUUGUUUCCCUAAUAGUCGCAUCCGCAUUUGAGGCCAAAUUCAAGCCUCCCCCUUUCAAAGUCAAUGCAGUUGCCUCCCUCCCACCAGAAUGUGACUACAUUUGGCGUAUAGUCUUGAUGUUUGGAGCUUUUCCUGCUGCUACAACAUACUACUGGCGUAUGCAAAUGCCUGAAACUGCUAGGUAUACCGCCCUUGUGGCCAAAAAUGCUCAGCAGGCUGCCGCAGAUAUGUCUAAAGUCCUCAAGACUGAAAUAGAAGCCGAGGAGGAGAUGGUUGACAAAAUAGGUAAAACUCAACAGAACCAGUUUGGGUUAUUCACUAAAGAAUUUGCUCGCCAAUAUGGUGUUCGUCUCUUAGGAACCACCAGUACUUGGUUCUUACUGGACAUUGCAUUUUACAGUCAAAAUCUUUUCCAAAAAGAUCUAUUUACCUCUGUUGGUUGGAUCCCACCAGCAGCAGAAAUGAAUGCUAUCAGGGAGGUGUAUAUGGUUGCAAGAGCUCAAACCCUGAUUGCUCUUUGUGGUACAGUCCCAGGAUACUGGUUCACUGUCGCUUUCAUAGAUGUAAUUGGAAGGUGGUGGAUCCAAAUGAUGGGAUUCUUUUUCAUGACUGUUUUCAUGUUUGCCAUUGCAUUCCCCUACAAUUACUGGAGUAAGAAGGAAAACCGUAUUGGGUUCAUUAUUAUGUAUGGGCUUACUUUCUUCUUUGCGAACUUUGGUCCAAAUGCCACAACCUUCGUGGUGCCAGCUGAGGUCUUCCCCGCUAGGUUGAGAUCUACUUGCCACGGUAUAUCUGCAGCAACCGGGAAAGCAGGGGCUAUAGUAGGAGCCUUUGGAUUUGUAUACGCCUCACAAGAUCCUAAUCCGGCAAAGAGAGAUCAUGGAUAUCCAGCGGGUAUUGGUAAGAGUAAGUCCCUUAUCGUGCUCGGUGUGAUCAAUUUCAUUGGUAUGCUUUGCACGUUGAUGGUCCCAGAAUCAAUGGGUAAGUCUCUUGAAGAAUUAGCCGGUGAAGUCGAGGUGGACGAUGUUGAGGAGGAGCGCAAGGAAUCUGCUUGAUUAGUUCUACAAUGACUAACUUGGCGUUGUUGCUUGUUGCUUUAACUAUUCAACAUUUACAUUGAUUAUUUGGUUUUUUGUCACAAGAUAUUUAUUUAAUUUGCAUUUUCAAUUGGUUUGUUGUUUGUAUUGAUAUCCAAUGUUUAUUUGGGUUAAAAUAGUUUUUACAUUUAAUAUUGAAAAUUAUGGUCCAGUGUAAAACCGCUAACAACUUUAAUUAGCGACUUUGCCUUUUAUAAAAUCACUAACGAUGUUAG